AUGAAGACGACUGCGGCCGUCUUGCUGACCGCAGCGUGGUUCCACACCACUGCCGCGUUCGCCUCCAGUCAGCUGGUGCUGGAGGAUACUAGCUCCAAGCAGUGUCCGAUAGAUAGUGAGCUCAGUUGCCACAAUAAGGGGCCUGUGCAGGACCGCUGCUGCUUCAAUCAGCCCGGCGGUCUUCUCCUCUUGACGCAGUUCUGGGAUGCGAAUCCGGCUACGGGGCCGGGUGAUUCGUGGACUCUUCAUGGGCUGUGGCCCGAUAACUGUGACGGUUCCUACGAGCAGUAUUGUGACAGCAAGCGGUACUACAAGGACAUACCAGGCAUUUUACAGUCGUUUGGGAAGUCAGAUUUACUCCAGUAUAUGAGAACAUAUUGGAAAGACUGGCAGGGAAACGACCCCAAUCUCUGGGAGCAUGAAUGGAACAAACACGGCACUUGUGUGAGCACGCUGGAGACGGCUUGUUAUCCAGGUUACAAGCAAUAUGCAGAAAUGGUCGAUUACUUAGAAACAGCAACUCAACUGUUCAAGAAACUGGAUACUUAUAAGACGCUAGCCGCGGCCGGUAUUACACCGCAUGCGUCGAAAACCUACGAGCUCAAGCAGCUUCAGGCUGCGAUAUCAAAGGCCCAUGGUAUGGAGGUUACUCUGAACUGCAAGAAUUCGGAGUUGAAAGAAGUCUGGUACUUUUUCAAUGUUAAGGGCAGUGUGCAGACUGGCAAAUAUGUGCCAACGCUUCCUGCCGGUUCCCCGUCAAACUGCCCAGCCACGGGCAUCAAGUAUACCCCUAAAAACGGCAAAGCACGCCCAAACCCAACAAACAACCCAGGGCCUACCCCGACAAAAAGCUCUCCUGCACCCACAGGGACUAAUGGUGCAUUCUCUGGCAAAGGACAUCUCGAAGUAACCACUGGAGGCAAAAAGACUGGCUGUUUGAUCAGCUACGGGACCUGGUACAGCACGGGCACUUGUGCAAUGUUCCAUGCCACUCCUUCUGGCAAUGGGUUCACCUUGAGCACCACCAAAGGCGACUGCGGUAUCGCUGACUCUGUGUUCGCGUGUGAUACGAAUACCAAGUCUAGCGUGUUUACAGCUGUUGAUGGAAAUCUUGCUGUUGACGGCAAGAUGACCUUUUUCGCGGACAAAAUCCCAACAGGAACAACCCAGGUUCCUAUUUAUACGGAAAACCACUCGAAUGAAUUGACCAUUAGCUGGAAGCAAUUUUGA